UCAGUAGGUCAUCCUGAUGCAACGGUUUUGUGUGUGUGUGUGUGUGAGAGAGAUAAAGAGAGAGCACGAAUCAAGAGCAUGAACGAGCCCUAUAGCGCUGGUGAGAGAUAAAGGGGACGUAUAGUAGGAGACAGAGGGGGUUGCUGAGAAUGAACGAGAGAGUGAGAGGCUGGGGGAGGUAGACAGUGUGAGAGAGAGAGAGAGAGAGAGCGAGAAGGAGGGAGGGAGGACGAUGCACAGCUCUGCGGCACUACAAGGACACUGAGCUUCACAGAGAGAGAGAGAGAGAGAAUUGAUGCUCAGCCUGAACACCACACAACUCCGAUACACAGCUGACCAGCGGGCAGCGUGCAGCACAAACUCGCAGCGUCGACGAGGGUGGAUCUACAUCAUCAGGAGCAGUUGUUGUUUUUUUUUUUGGAACGUUCACAAAAUGUCCUUUUUCUUUUGCGUAUGUGAGGAAAAAUAGCGUCAGUUCUCCACACAGUAUCUGUGUUUAGUGUUUGGUCUGAAUGAGAGUGUCUGCAAACCUUGCUAAGCUUCAGGGUCACCCCAUUGCUGACUGAAGCAGGCUCUUGUGUACCAGAGAGGCGCUUGAGGUAGUGCUCGAGGUGGAGGUUUUGGAGAACUGUCGGGUCAAGACGAACCAUGAGCGAGUCCAAGAAACGUGAGGUAGAGCUGAGGGAUAAAGCCAUCAUGCACCAGCAGAGGAGACUGAAGCAGGCCACCCAGUUCACACACAAGGACUCGGCUGACCUCCUGCCUCUGGACGGUCUCAAGAGGCUGGGGACAUCCAAAGACUUGCAACCUCACAGCAUUGUGCAGCGGCGCCUCCUAGAGGGUAAUAUCUCUCGGCUGUGCGGGGAAGCACGGGACACCCCGUCCCGCGUCCGCUCGCCGCUCGCCGACAGCAAGGAAGGUGCUGAGGCAGAGGAGAGGAGCGAAAGCACCGUAGAUGACUCCACUGAGGAGCAAGAGUCACCGGAGGAGAGCGAGAGAAGUCUGAGAUCUGACGAGGAGGACGAGGAGGACGAUAACAGGGAUGCUGUUGGAAAGGCCACGAGGGACAGUGGAGAAGAAGGAGGACCAGAGGAGAGCGAGGGAGUGUCCACCCUCUCGACUCUGCAGGUGCAGUGCAAGUGUGGUGAUGCCGAGGUCAAGGUAUCCGUUAACACAGGCUGUCAGUACAACCAUAUCUCCAGUACAUGCUGCAGAAGGCUGGGACUGAAAAUCAAUCCCAAGAUUAAGCCACUCAGUGAAUCCAUGCAUAACGCAGUGACGUCCCUGCAGAUCCAGAUCGGUAGUGAAAGAGUGCAGUGUACGGCUCAGGUCAUAGACGAUGAGGCGUUGGAGCUAUGCCUGGGCCUACAGACUCUGCUGGAGCUCAAAUGCUGCGUUGACCUGAACAGCAGAGUGCUCCGCCUGCACAGCGACGGCGAGGAACUGCCCUUCCUGAAGACGCCAACCCGUACCCAGUGCCAUCACCGUGACAGCAACAAAAACCUGUGACCUUCGACCUCACCUUCGAUCACGCCCCCAGUAAAUGCGAGAGGGAAUUUGGACUGCAGCCGUUGCUCUCCUCCUCCUCUCACGACCUUUUUUUGUUUCUCUUCGUGUUGGUUUGUGUUGUCGAUUACUGCGAAGUCAAUGUCUCGCUGUGCUCAAUUCGUGGUGCAGUCAAUGAGAUCUAAGAGUUUACGUCCAGAGUCGAGAGAUCAACCCGAGGAACGUUAGGAUGGCACGGUACGGCACGGCCGGUGCAGUCAAUGAAAACUAGGCGUAUGCAUACCGGUAUGUGUACGAGUUAUUUCAAGUGCAAAAAAACUUGCCUUCCCAGCGUGUCACUAAAUAUGACACCACACAACAAAAACUAUCAGCUGUGCACCACCUGGUCACGCCCCCAAGCUCAAUUUAACUAAAUAAAUAAAUAAUUUCAAAUAGUUUUGUAGCACAGCUAGACCAUCUUCGCAAGUGAAAAUAUCUAUCGUAUAUCGAAUAUAGUCACAUUGAUGUAAUAUUUCAUAUUGUAAUGUUACGAUAAACCAAAUAUAAGAUUAUUGAAUCUAUUUCUAGACAUAUAUUUCACUCAUUUGAAGGUCAAACAGGGAUCUCUUCAGUACGCCUUUAUUUCUAGAAAGAAGCAAAAUCAUCUGCCGGUAGAAUAAGGACACUAAGAACACCGAGCUUGGAAUGAGGAGUAAUGUUUAGAAAUAGGCUGAAUAAUCUCAUUUGGUUUGUUGUAAUCGAAUUCCAGAUGUUUUCUCGCUCAAAAGUUAACUGAUCCUUCGGGAUGUCACGGAUCUCUACUCUCUCCAGGACAAGAUGAGGAUUGAAACAUUCCAGCCUUCUGCCAGAUUUUCUAGAUAUAUAAUAUAUAUUAGCAGUUUUUAUCUUUCAAAAUGCUCUUUAUAUAAAUAGUGUGAGGGGUGCUGUGUUUCCGUCGCUGGUUCUGUGCUUUCGAACAGCUUGUGUUUAACCCAUUAGACAGGAACACACAUACAGCUGGUCCGAAAAAAGGAAAAAAAAAAAAAAAGGUUCCCAUAGGAACCCAAGGCUUUCGUUCACAGCGACACUAGCCGCACCUGUCCGGUGUUAGUCUGAGCUCUUCGUAGGCUCAGCUUCCCAUAACGGAUCUACAACGCAUGAUACUUUUAGUUCUUCGCCAAAACUGAAGCACUGUCAAACUGUCCCGGCUCGGCCUCGAUCCCUGUCCACACGCGUGCGUCGGUCAGAGGAACACUCAACCUGCAAACUAUUCCGGCCUCCAUCACCGUCUCUGUCGCGACAGAUCUCAGAUCAGAGAUUAGUCCCGCUUUGCUGCACGCUGCCUCUCUGUCUGCCUCUUUUUGGGUGUUGGGGAAUUCAUAUAUUUGUAUGCUGUAAAUGAAGGAAAUACAAUGUAUGAAAGAGAUUAUUUUUGCCGUUUUUUUUCCUCUCUCUUCUCCUUUUCUCUGUCUAAUAAAAAAAUAUGUAUUCUGCCUUAU